AAACAAAAAAAAAAAAAAAAUGAAAAUACAAUAUAUAUUUAUUUUAUUAUCUUUAAUUUUAUCUGUUGCCUUUGGUAUAGAGGUCUAUGUUUCAGAAGCAGGUAAUGAUGAAAGUUAUUGCGGUCAAUAUGUUUACUCACCAUGUCAAACCAUUGACUAUGCUAUUAAAAAAGCCAUGAGUACUAUAGAAUCACAAUAUCUUUUAAGAGAAAUCAAUGUUAACCUCUUGUCAGGACAAUACAAUAUUCAACAUUCAUUAAAUCUCUAUGGCUAUAGUGUCACCUUAAGUCGAUACUAUCCAUAUCAAGCAGUUUCUAUCGGUUAUUCCUCCUAUCACUACAAUGCAAUGUUUCAUAUCAAUGCUUACUCAAAAAUCAAUACCUUGGGCUUCGCAUCAACUAGUUUCAAAGUUGAAGAUAUUGUUAUUUCAAAUUGUUAUGUUGAUUCUUCCAAAGCCACCCUCCUCGAAAUUAAUGAUGGUAACUAUUCUGUUCCAAUUCAUGUAGAGCUUAAUAAUGUUCAAUUUUCUUGCCAAAAUAUCUAUGCCCCAUUCAUUUCAUAUACCGGUGAAAGCUACAGCAAUUCAGAAGAUUUAUCAUUAUCAUCAUCAUCAUCAUCAUCAUCAUCAAACGAAUAUGAUGCAACAAAAACUAAUACCUAUAACUACUACAGUAGCAGCAGCAGCAGCAGCAAUGAUUAUAACUUAACCUCAAGUUCAAGCUCUGACAACAAUAACAACAAUAACUUUAUUUCAUUUAGUGAUAACCAAUCAUUCGGAAACUGGCCAGAAUAUGGUUACAAUAUGUCAGUUACCUUUAAAUUUAAUAAUAUUAAAAUUGUUAAUGGUUACUGCAACAGUGAUAUUCCAUUAUUAUUAAAUGUAUUUAAUUCAAGAAACCCAGUUCAAAUAUAUUUAUCUGAUAGCUCAUUCCCAUAUAUCUAUGCUUCAAACUUUAUUAAUGCAGAAUCAGCCUCCGUUAACUUUAAUAAUGUCCAUUUCCCAAGCUAUUCAGGAAAUAGUGGUGGUGGAUUUUUAAACUUUGAAUAUUCGAAAGUUUCAUUCAAUAAUGUCAGCCUUCAAGGUGUAUUUUAUUCAUCAAACCUUUUAAAUUGUGUCGAUUGUAUAUUUAUUGCCAAUCAAUUUAACCUUGCAAUUCAAAUGUCUAAUUAUGGUGUCUAUGACUUUAUGUCAUUCACCAACUCAUUUGUUACAAUUGAAAAUUCAAAUCACACCAUUGUUUCAUCCAACCAAAACCCAUCAACCAGUAUUUACGGUUUAACCAAAUCAAAUCUUGCCUUAUUCUCAAAUCUUAUCUCAGUUGGUAACUCCCCACUUUUCCAAUUAUCAAAAUCAUCAAUUAAUGUAAACCGUAAUAAUUUAAUGGUAUUUUCAACAUUAGAUUAUAGUUCCAUUAAUUUAUGUACCACCAAUAUCGAUCUUAACACUAAAGUCAGUGGUGAUGAAUUCUUUGUUUUCAGAUUUAACAACGAUUGCUAUGGUCCAAGUUCUUUCACUCCAUCCACUGUCGAAAGGUAUUACCUUCUUUUAGCUUUCUUUGUCGGUGUAUUCACCAUUACAAUCUUUUUCAUCAUUGCCUACACAAUCUCUGCUAUUUGUAAAUGUAAAAGAAGAAAUAACAAACGUAAUCAAUAUAAACAAAUAGUUAAUUAA